GUCAGCAGUCGGUGCAGUAACACGCUCUCGUCACUCCACUGCGAGAGAUAGGAAACCAUCUACGCACUUAACGCAUUAUUACAACAGCAACAAGAAGAAGCGGUUUAUUUCCUUCAAAAUUGUUUUGAGUUUCAGGCAGUUCAAAAAAGAAAAAGGCACUUGGCUCUCGUUCACAUGAAUUUCUAAUCGCCUGCCAACAAGACAACCGGUCAUGAAGAUCUUUAGUGUUUUUAAUUGAAUCCGAGUGCUCUUCUUUUUUUUUUUUUUUUUUUUUUUUUUUUUCAAAACUCUUUGAAUUGAAAAGAACUGAAAAUAAAAGAUAUUUGAAAAGAACGGCAAAAGAAGAAAGAAAACUUAGCGAGAAGAUAAAAAACAAAACAAAAAGGAACAAUUCGAAAUGUCUUUAGAAAUGUAUUCUCAGUUCGGCUCCAGUGAUCUAAUGGGCAACACGGACGCUCAUGGAUAUUAUGCACCGGCCGCCUACGUCGUUCACGACGUUUACCACCACUCGACGGGUUUUACAGCCGAGGAGGGCGUCCGCCACAACACUAGCGCGAUUAACAGCGCCAACAAUGGCGGUCAUAACAACAACAACAACAACAAUAGCUCGGCCUCUUACGACGAUCCAAAUUGCCAGAGUCCCGUCUCGGCUCAGUCGUGGGCAAGUCUAAGGUCACCCAGUUCAUCGCCGCGGCUACUGACCGAAUUGCGGCCCGGUAGCGAUCAACUGCCUCAUUCGCAUCGUCCUGUUGUUGUUGCCGCUCUUGGACCUUCCAGUAGCACUCCAGUUGGAUCCGUCGAUUAUUGCCUGCUCGGAAUGGAAGGUCCGGCGUCCGUUGUGGCUUCCGAUGGCAAGUACAGCGCGUCCGUGAUUACCGAUCAGGAAGAAUCGAACACUGGCGAGUUCGGAGCUUCGUCUAUGUGGACGGAUGAUGGCGAAUCGGAAGCCACGAUGGAAUCGAAUCCGGCAGGACUGGAAUCUUCUGCCAGUCCGUCAACUGAGGCCAUGAACGACGGACGGACAAGACAGCCGACUGAGCAGAAAAGACAACGCAAAACGCGGACGCCUCGGACGCCUAAAAACAAUUCGAAUGGAAGCAAUAACAGCGGAGGGAGCAACAGUAGCGGCGGAAGCGGAAGCCGUCGUCGUUCAACCAAAGUGCCGACCGUCGAAGUGGUCAAGAAACGCCGAUUGGCCGCCAACGCACGCGAGCGACGACGAAUGAACAGUCUCAACGACGCUUUCGAGAGGCUUCGAGAGGUCGUGCCCUCGCUGGGCAGCGACCGCAAGCUGUCCAAAUUCGAAACGCUUCAAAUGGCCCAAACUUAUAUCGGUGCAUUGGCUGAGCUUCUUACGAGGCACUGAUGCAUUCGUUUGCUCGUCGGUAGGAAAGGCCUACGUUAGGCCCUUGUUUUGUUUUUUUAUUCGUGUCCAUUACAGUGACAUGUAUGUUUAUUCUAAAAAAAUUAAUUAAUCUGCUAAUAGUCUUAUUAAUCGUCCCACCCUCCCCCUUUUUUUUUUGU